AGCCAUGGAAAUCUUCGAGAAAGCUAGUGUUGUUCGUUUAUGUAGACACCAUGACAAGUUCUUAGUAGCCAACGAUGAUCAGGAAACCAUCGGCCAAGAUCGAGAUGGAUCGUCGAGGAAUGCGCGGUGGGCGAGGGAGUUCCCCGAAUCAAGUUCGUUCCAUAUUCGUCUCAAAAGUUGUCACGGAAAAUACUUAACGGCUUCAAAUAUGCUGUUUCUCAUCGGACUCCGAGGGAAAAGGGUGUUGCAAACGUUGCCGAGACGACUGACAUCUUCAGUUGAAUGGGAGCCACUUAGUGAAGGCGUUCAGGUUAGGUUCAAGACGCGUUACGGCCAGUAUUUGCGCGCCAACGGCAGGUUCCCGCCGUGGAUGGGUCACAUUACACAUGAUAAUAUCCCGCAUUGA